UGCUACCUCUGGCGCUACCAUUUAUUGCCGCUAGGCGCGCUGCUGUACUAUUUUUGUUAUGGGAAGAGGCGAAGAGGUUCAAAAUGAUAAACUACCAACAUCGAAUUGACUUUUAAACGACCGUAGCCCUAAUGGUUUAUGUUACAAGCUGAAACAUCAUUAUCGUUUUUCUGAAAGUUGUUUCACUGUCGUAAAGAGUGAAUUUCAGGCUGCAUAGGUUUUGAUUUGGGAGUUUUAAGUAACAUUGCAGGAGAAGUGUAAUGCCACGUAAAGCCCGGAGACGUUUUUUUCGUCCACCUAGGAGACGGAAAGGUAUAGAGGUUAAAGUAGAUAAUACUAUACCUCCAGUCGAACCUACUGAUGUGGAGCCUUCUAAAAAUGAGUCAAAAACUGUUGAUUGUAACUCUCCACACCCAGAGAACAGAUCUGCCUUGAAUAAAUUGUGUGAUACACUUCCAACUCCAAAAUCUUUAUCAAGGCGUAAACAAGACCUGACUCCUAGAACAUUUUUUAAAAAUACUGUUUGUGAUAAGACCAUUAACUCCCCAAGAUUAGAAGCGGUACAAAAUCUAAAUUUGGCCUCAGAAAGAAUUUCUGGAAAUAAUGCUGUUGGUGACCACUCUUAUUUCACCCAAAGUUCAGAAACAGUACAAAAUCAAAACUUGAGUAUAGAUCUACCAUCAGAAAACAACUCAACCUCCUUGAAAUUGUGUGGUUCACAGCCAAAUCCAAAAUCUUUAUUACGGCACCAACAACAACCAUCUCCCAGAGAACUGAUUAAAAAUACCAUUACAGACACCACUACUCUUUCACCAUGUUUGGAACAAAGUAAAAAUUUUACUGCAGAAAGAUUUGAUGUAAGAGAUGCCUCAGGAUGUGCAGAGAUUGCAGUGUCUGAGGUUUUUGCAGCUGUGCAGGCGAUACCAGAAGAAGAAAGAAUUUCGGAUUCCCAGUCAAUAAUAACUGCACAACUUGAUGAGACUCAUACUCCUGUCAAUGUCUUGACUAUUGUACCUGAAACUAGUGUUAUUCAUAAUUUAAAAAAUGUAGUAGCUGAAGAAAAUCAGAACUGUCAUUUGAAAAUACAUCCUUUAGAAAACAUUCUAUUGGAAAUCAGGACUGGGUCAGAGUUUCCUCACAACCCCUCUCGUGUAGAAGUGGUUGAUAGAGCUACUUCCCCUAUUAGAGAACCUUGGGAACUGAAUCCCACUCCAACUGCACUCUGGCAGCAAGUACGACACUUUAUUCAGUCCUCUAUCCACUCACACUGGCAAACACACAUUGACAAUGACUGUUUUUAUAUGUUGAUGUUGAGCAGGGGACUGAAUAAGGUUGUACAGCGCUCCAUUGUUGUCAAUCAGGAUGGAGAGCUCAGUGUUCUAGUUCAUGGUAAAAUAAUACCUACAAACCAUGCAUUCUGGGAGAAAACUGCUCCAUCACUGCCAUCUCUCUCUACUGCAACACCAUUUAAAAUGAGUGCUCUAAUAUUAAUUAUCUACAAAGCACUCCGAGAUUGGCAGACUUGUAUGGGUGUCACAGAUGAAAGUCUAUGGUGCAACCAUGCUAACAGUUUUUUGGAAGAAGGAUUUCAAGAGUACAGAUUUAAGAAGACUCUGAGAUCAACUAACUGUCUAUACCUAGUUCCAAUAAACUCUAUGCGUUGUUCAAAAUGUACAAUAUUGAGAUUAGGUCUUAAAAGAAAGUUGAAAAUGAAAGGGGAUAUUCCACUGAACGAUAAUAAACUUGACAGAUGGCUAAGUACACAGAAAGGCAAGAAAGAAAAUGCAGAACCUCAAGAAAACUUUACUGAUGUUGAGAUGUCCGCCAACGAGUCAGAAACUGAUGAUUAUAUUUCGCAGUCAUCUCCCAAAUCUCUACUGAAUGAAAGUCAAGAUGAAACUGUCACUACUGAAAGUAAUGCCCCAGAAAGUGAUGACUCACCAAAUGCCCUGUGGACGCAAGUGAAAUAUUUGGUCCAGCCCUCUAUCCAGUCACACUGGCAGAUAAAUAUUGAGAAUGACACUUUUCACAUGAUAAUGUUGAGCAAAAAAAGUAAUAAGGUUGUGCAGCGCUCCAUUAUUGUCAAUCUUGAUGGAGAACUCAGUGUUCUAGUCCAUGAUCAGAUGAUACCACCAAACCAUAGUUUCUGGGAGAAAACUCUUGCAUCAAUGCCAUCCUUGUCUACAGCAACACCAAAGGAGAUGACUGCUCUAAUAGUAUUGAUAUACCGAGAACUCCGGAAUUGGCAGACCUGUGUUGGGAUCACAGAUGAAAAGUACUGGGUGGAGUACCCUAAUAGUUUUUUGGAGGAAGGGUUUGAAGAGUACAGAUUUGAAAAGACUUUGAGAUCAACCAAUUGCCUGUAUCUUGUCACACGAAAACGUUGUGCUAAAUGUUCUAUGUUGUUGAAUGGUAUUACCACUAAAAUUCUCAGAGAAAAGAAGCGCAAAGCGCGUCCAUUAAGUGAAAAUCCUGUGGUGCAGAAAAAGAGAAAGAAGAAAGAAAAUACCACACCUCCAGAAGAGUGUGUAAUGUAAUAAUGACCAAUACAGCUGAGUUCCAAAAAGAAAGUAAGAAUUGGAAACAAAUCUCAUACAUUUAUAAAUUUUUUCACUUUGUGACAAACCAGCGUAGCUAGUAUUUUCAGUAUGAAACUUUAAAAAGAAUUGUUUUAACUGUAUUACCAAUAUUAAUCUAGUGCACUUGUUUCAGAAAUGUGAUAGCUGGAAAAUCUCAAAUAGGACAAAGUACACAAUUUUUCCCCCUUUCUUGUAUCUUUUUUUUACAAGGUGAUACUAUUAAAUAAGUGUAUAUACAUAUAAAUCCGUGAUAAUAUCUUCUUUCUUUUCCAAUUUUUAUUGAUGCAUGUUUUGUAUCGAUUCCUGUAUCUACAGGAGGAAGCCUCAUUAGUUAAAUAAACUAUUGUAAAGUACUUUGA